UUUUUGCUUUCUUAAUUCUAGAACUUAAUUAAAUUUAAUACAUUUUUCUAUGAAAAGUAUUUUUUUCCCCCUUCCAUCAUUUGUUUCAUGAUGAUUACAAGUCUAGAUUUUCUCCUUUUUUUAUGAAGGUGGAGGAGAAAAACCGGAUCUGAAUCCAACAUUCGAAGUCGUGCUAGAUGCACUUGCACCAGUUGCCAAGGAUGGCAUCCUGUCGGCGGAUGAUGGUGAGUCUGACCCAGCAGCUGCAAUACCAGUUGAGGACAGCACAGCUGAGGAAUUGAUGCUAGACAUAGUGGCAAAUACCAUCAGUCUAGGUGAAGUCGCACCUGCUGAGUCCAACCCGGCCUCUCCAUCAGAGGAAGCACAUCAUCCACAUCCAGGAAUUGUUCAGGAAUCAGAGGAAGUGACAACAAAAACUACAAAGGUGGACUCCAUCUUGGAGAUAGAGAAACAGAAACUGGCGCUGGAACAUGAGAGACUUCAGGUUGCUAAGGAGCAGCUGGAAGUUAGUAGGCAGAUUUCAGGUUCACUGGGUGAAAUCAGCCACAACUUCCAACUGUUCCUUUCCAACCUGUUGCUGAGGGAUCAAACUAAUUAAAGGGCUCAUGAAAAUUACAAUGCAUUUUUGUCAGGUACAUAUUUUGUGCAACUUUCUGCUACAUUCACAUCUAUCAUUGCCGGUCAAGCAGCGUCGCGAUCCACAUUCUCAGUUCACUGCACAGUAGCCCCGUCAUCGUCAUGAAGAUAUAAUAUCACCGGCAAGAGAAAAACUAUUUGACUUCCCUUUUUGGUUAUUUUGUUGAAAACUGCACUUCUUUAAACAUUUAAAAUGUUCCAAGCUUUUCCGGCC